CGGAUGGCUGGGAUCAACUCCCGCUCUGGAGUCCUCAGAAAGGGCCACACGCACACCCAGUCACCCCCCUUUCCUGUUUUACACACAUGCACACUCUCACUGUAAGUCUCACAACGCUGGCACAGGUGCUCGGCCACACCCCAGCACGCACAGUGACACAUGCUGCUCCAGGGGCUCCCUUCAUCCUGGAGGCAGAGGAGCCUUCACAGCUGAGCUCGAGGGAUGGGCGCUCUUCCAGGCACUCAUCCUUGUGGUGGGCUGUGGUAGCAGGAGCUCGAGGACCAUUCACACCCUCCCCUUCCCAGCCUCUUUCUCAGCUCUGGAUUCAAACCGGGGCUGAUCAGGCAGCACUGGGAUUGGGAACAGACCCGAGUUGGAGCCACCCUUUCCAGUAAAGGGGCAGGAGGGAGGAAGCUGGAACCCAAGGGAAUUUGGAGAAAGUUCAUGGAGAGGGGACCAGGAACUAACAGUCCAGACUUCAGCAUCUCCGGAGCUUUCAGGAGUGGGCGCAGCGGGAAGGAGGCCGAGGAGAAACCUCGUAACCUGGGCAGGGAGGGCGAGUGGAGUCCCCUGAGAAGCUGGGGCUGAGGGGGGCCCUCCACAUCUAACUCCAGGUGGCGUCCGGGCCAGCAGGCACCCCAGCUAUCGUCUCCCGCCCAUAGAGCCCUCCCCUCUCUGCAGCCCCCUCCCAGACCCUCCCCCGGACCCCGCCCUCAGAGUCUCCGCCCAGCCUCGUCUCAGCCUCGCCCCCUGGAGCUCCCGACCCGGCCCGGCCUUCUCCCAGGGGACCUGGCUCAAAGUCCUCUUCCCAGUUUCUACUUCGAAGGACCCGUUCUCGCAGGCACAGGGGCCCAGCCCUCUCUCCCGUCUGCCCCCACGGCUGGUUUCGAAUCCGGUCCUUGGGACUCCGGGCGAGGGGCUGUGGGUCUGGGUGGAUCCGGGUGGAAUCCGGGUGGAGAACGGGGGCGGGGCCACAGUUUCCCAGGCCGACCCCCCGUGCCGUCCUCCCGCGGGAACGCGGCGCUGCACACCCGGCUGGCACCGGCGACUUAGAGAAGGCAGUGCACGACUCGCUGGCUCCCCCCCGACACGCCCCCUCCUCGUUCCCCCAACUCCUCCUCGCCCACCCCACCCGUUCGCGCUCCACCUUUCCCCGUCUCCUCCCUCCGCGGCCGCGAGCACCCUCCCUCGGCACCCUUCCCCGCAGCCCGAGCGCCCUUCCUCCCCAGCCUCCUCGCCCUCCUCCACCCGCUCUCCCAUCACCCUCCCCAACCCUCCCCUCCCCCGUCCUGAGCUCCCACUUCCAGCACCUACUCCGGGCUCGGAGCCUUAAGACCAUCACCUGCCCGCCGAAGCCCGCGGUGAUUCCUCCUGGGACCCCACUCCUAAAACCCCCUGCCCCUGCCUCCCGCAGCCCGGUGCGCCGAGUCUCUUCGCCUGCUCCCUCGGUCCCUCCUCCUUCGCGGGCGCCGUUUCCCGGCUCCCGCUCCCCGCGCGUCUAUCUCUCUCCUCCCCGCGAAGUUUCGGGGCUGUCAGUCUGUCAGUCUUUCGGGCCGUCAGCACCCGAGCUGCAGGCGGCGAGCGCCAUUGUGAGCAGAGCCGGCGGGGCAGGAGGCCCGGGCGCCUGGGUCCCCGCGGCGCGGGCAGAGCGGCCAGCCAGCCAGGGUCUGUGGCCGAUCCCCAGGAGGAGCUACUCUGGGUUACCAUGAGAGAGACCUUGGAGGCCCUCAGCUCCCUGGGAUUCUCUGUGGGACAGCCAGAGAUGGUCCCCCAAAGUGAGCCCAGGGAAGGAUCCCAUAAUGUCCAGGAGCAGAUGUCCUCUUCUAGGGAAGAGAGAGCACUGGGGGUGUGCUCAGGGCACAAGGCCCCCACACCGGAGGAAGGUGCCCGCACAGAACAAGCCGAGGCUCCCUGCAGAGGCCAGGCAUGCACAGCACAGAAGGCUCAGCCUGUGGGCGCCUGCCCAGGAGACGAGUGGAUGAUUCGGAAGGUGAAGGUGGAGGAUGAGGAUCAGGAGGCAGAAGAGGAGGUUGAAUGGCCCCAGCAUCUAUCGUUACUUCCCAGCCCUUUUCCCGCACCUGACCUGGGGCAUCUGGCUGCCGCUUACAAACUGGAGCCAGGGACCCCGGGGACACUGAGUGGGCUCGCGCUGUCCGGGUGGGCUCCGAUGCCCGAGAAGCCCUACGGCUGCGGGGAGUGUGAGCGGCGCUUCCGGGACCAGCUGACGUUGCGACUGCACCAGCGGCUGCACCGGGGUGAGGGUCCCUGCGCCUGCCCGGACUGCGGCCGCAGCUUCACGCAGCGCGCCCACAUGCUGCUGCAUCAGCGCAGCCACCGCGGGGAGCGGCCUUUCCCGUGCUCCGAGUGCGACAAGCGCUUCAGCAAGAAGGCCCACCUGACCCGCCACCUGCGCACGCACACGGGCGAGCGGCCCUACCCGUGCGCGGAGUGCGGCAAGCGCUUCAGCCAGAAGAUCCACCUGGGCUCGCACCAGAAGACCCACACUGGCGAGCGGCCCUUCCCCUGCACAGAAUGCGAGAAGCGCUUUCGCAAGAAGACGCACUUGAUUCGGCACCAGCGCAUCCACACUGGCGAGAGGCCCUACCAGUGCGCGCAGUGCGCACGCAGCUUCACGCAUAAGCAGCACUUGGUGCGGCACCAAAGGGUGCACGAGGCGGCCGGCCCUGCCAGGCCCUCUCCCGACGCGUCCGCUUCUCCUCAUUGCACUGCCCCGUCCCCCACCCCAUCCCCUCCCGGGCCAAAGCCUUUCGCCUGCUCCGACUGCGGCUUGAGCUUCGGCUGGAAAAAGAACCUCGCCACGCACCAGUGUCUGCACCGCAGCGAGGGUCGCCCCUAUGGGUGCAACGAGUGCGCACUGGGCGCCACCGUGGAUCCCCCCGCCGCCGAGCCCCUGGCCAGCGCGCCUGGCGGACCGCGCUGCGGCCCAGGAUCCGAUCCUGUGGCGCCCCAGCGCGCUCCCUCGGGCGAGCGGUCCUUUUUCUGCCCGGACUGCGGGCGCGGCUUCGCCCAUGGGCAGCACCUGGCGCGGCACCGGCGCGUGCACACGGGCGAACGGCCCUUCGCCUGCACGCAGUGUGACCGCCGCUUCGGCUCGCGGCCCAAUCUGGUCGCCCACUCCAGGGCCCACAGCGGCGCCAGGCCUUUCGCCUGCGCUCAGUGCGGCCGCCUCUUCAGCCGCAAGUCGCACCUGGGCCGCCACCAGGCGGUGCACACGGGCAGCCGCCCCCACGCCUGCGCCGUCUGCGCCCGCAGCUUCAGCUCCAAAACCAACCUAGUCCGCCACCAGGCGAUCCACACAGGCUCCCGCCCCUUCUCCUGCCCACAGUGCGGAAAGAGCUUCAGUCGCAAGACCCACCUGGUGCGGCACCAGCUCAUUCACGGCGAAGCCGCCCAUGCGGCCCCGGACGCCGCCCUGGCAGCCCCAGCCUGGUCCACUCCCCCAGAGGUGGCGCCGCCCCCGCUCUUUUUCUGAGCCUAGUUCUCACCAGGACCCUUUCUCGCCUACAGUUUGGAGAGGCCCGUGCCAUGAGACCGCCUGGGGUGAGCACGGUGGCCUAGGCAGCUGCCCGAAGAUUUGGCCGCCGCGGGACUCCUGUUUCCUGCCCGCAGUGUCUGCGUCCGCACAGGAUACCCAGCUUGGACCUCCUAGGACAGAAAUGCGAGCGAACCCUUGCUGGGAACAGUUGAGGCUGAAGUUCUUGGAAGGCUCCCACCCAGGUGCCCCGUUGGAAAGCAGAUAUUUCCUGGACCCAGCGCGGCCUCAACCAGGGCGGGAAAGAGUGGUUAUUUAUGUACUUAAAGUUUCAUUAAAAUUAAAAUC